AUGGUGGGCCGGUCGGGCCGCACCGCCGUUUACGAACGGCUGCCGCGCCUGAUCGCCGACCACCAUAUCGAUUUCGCCAUCGUCAACGGCGAGAACGCGGCGGGCGGCUUCGGCGUGACCGAGACGAUCCUGACUGACACGCUGGACGCGGGCGCCGACGUGAUGACCACGGGCAACCAUGUCUGGGACCAGCGCGAGGCGCUGGUCUUCGCCGAGCGGCAGGAGCGCUUUUUACGGCCGGCCAACUAUCCCGACGGCACGCCCGGCCGCGGCAUGGGCGUCUUCGAGGCGCGCAACGGCGCGCGCGUCAUGGUCUCCAACCUGAUGGGCCGUGUCUUCAUGUCGCCCGAUCUGGACGAUCCGUUCGUCGCCGCCGAACGCCAGCUCGACGGCGGCCGGCUCGGCCGCGAUUUCGAUUGCGUCGUCUUCGAUUUUCACGCCGAGGCAACCUCGGAAAAGGUGUGCUUCGCCCAUUUCGUCGAUGGCCGCGCCAGCCUGGUCGUCGGCACCCACACCCACACGCCGACCGCCGAUCACACCAUCUUCGACGGCGGCACGGGCUAUAUUUCCGAUGUCGGCAUGUGCGGCGACUACGGCCACUCCCUGGGCAUGGAAAAGGAGGAGCCGCUCAACCGCUUCCUGACCAAGGUGCCCAGGGGCCGGUUCGAGGCGGCAACGGGUCCGGCGACCCUGUGCGGUGUCGCCGUCGAGAUCUCCGACCGUACGGGCCUGUGCGAAAGGAUCGCGCCGAUCCGCAUCGGCCCGCGGCUCGAAGAAACGAUGCCGUCCUGGUGGUAG